AUGAAUGUGUUAGAACUUUUAGUAGCAGCAGAUGAAUUAGAUUUACAAAAAUUAAUAGAAUACGUACAAUUAUAUUUAUUUGAUAAAAAAAUUGGAUUCUUAACGGAUAAUUAUUUAGAAAUUCUUAAAAUCGUAUUUCGUCAUGAAGAACUUUCAAAGUUAAGAGAAUUUUGUUUGGAUCGCGUAGCAGAAGAUCCAGGUGUACUAUUUAGAUCACCAAAUUUUUACACAUUAGAUAAAUCACUUUUAUAUUUAAUACUUCAACAAGAAAACCUCGCUAUAAAUGAAAUGGAAAUAUGUAAAUUCAUGAUUCAAUGGGCUAUCACUCAAUCCUCGAUGAUUAUAAACAUAGAUGAUAUUUUAGAGUUGUCAUCAGAAGAUUUAGAUUCAAAACUUUUGGAAGUAAAACAUUUCGCAAUGAUUUCAAAUUGGAUAGAUAGAAACAAUACACAAAUUUACAAGACACAAUUUCCUUAUAAAUUUAAAUUAUUAUAUAGAGCAAGUGAGGAUGGAUUCGAUGUUGAAAAUUUUCAUAUAUUAUGCGAUAAAAAGGGACCAACGGUAACUAUCUCAAAAUUUGCAAAAAGUGGAAAAAUAAUCGGUGGUUAUAACCCAUUAGAUUGGGGACCACAAAAUGAAACUAUAGAAAAUACAUCAAUACUUGAUUGUCAUAGUUGGUGGGCAACAUCAGAGAGUUUUCUAUUUUGUUUUGAAAACAAGAAAACCAAUUUAGAUUCACAAUGGGCGAAAUUUGCAAGAGUUGCUAGUGUACAUAGUGCUAUUUGUUACAAUAGGCAAUUAUGCGGGCCAGCUUUUGGACCUGGUUGGGAUCUGGUGAUUGGUGAACGUUACAAGCAUGCAUCUUGUUGGGGAUCUACAGGAUAUCCGGGAAGUCGAUUAUUUUUUAAUUCAGAAGAAUGGAACGCAGUACAUCAUGAAUUAGAAGAUUACGAAGUUUUUCAAAAAAGUUGCUUGAUGAAUCCUUACGCUUUAAAUAGAAUAGAAAGAACUUCGCAUGAAGAAAGCAAUGAGAUUGCAUCCACAAGUACCAUCGAAACAAACGUUAAUCCUGAAGUGAAUUCAGAAUCGAACGAUUCUGUUUCUUACACAUUAGACAAUUCGGAAGUAGGCAACUUAAUUGGGAACAUACCAGAAUCUACCACUUCAGAUGUUGAACCGUCAAUUAAUAACAAUACUUCAGGGAAUACCUCAAUCAAUCGUACACCAACUAUAAAACUGGGUAAAAAUGACAUAACUCAAAUUGAUAAUAUUGAAAGAAAAAGUAAUGAGUCUGACAAAGGUGUUUUUAAAAGAAUGGGAAAACUCUUCAAGAAAAGGAUUAAAAAAAUUUUUAAAUGA